CCGUAGACAGUGGAUUACCCAUUCGUUUUGAGGCACAAGGAAAGCCUAAAGGCUGUAUUGUAGGUAGUUUACAACUGCAGUAAAGGAUACUUCUCACAACACUUAGAGACAAUGUUGUAGGAUCUAUCAUAGGGGGUGUGUUGUAACUGAAGGACUUCAGUUGGCUUUAACACCCGCUGAAUCCAGGAGAGGGCGCCCGAAAAUACGACAGAUCACGUGACCAGCACCGAGUAGCAAGAAGAAACAUGGCCGUCUCCAGUGUGUUCAAAGCGGGGCUGUUCAACCACAAAGUGGCGGUGGUAACGGGAGGAGGCACCGGCAUCGGCAAAGCCAUCUCCAACGAGCUGCUGCAGCUGGGCUGUAACGUGGUGAUCUCCAGUAGGAAGGUGGAGCGGUUGGAGGCUGCAGCUGAGGAGCUGAGGCUGAGGAUACCUCAGUCUAGCCCUGCCUCCGUCACCCCUAUAGCCUGUAACAUACGCAACGAGGAGGAGGUGAAGUCUCUGGUCUUGUCAGUGUUGCAGCAGUAUGGCCGUAUAGACUACCUGGUAAAUAACGGCGGAGGCCAGUUCAGCUGCCCAGCAGAACACACCUCAUCUAAGGGAUGGAAGGCUGUCAUAGACACCAACCUCACUGGAACCUUCCAGUGCUGCAAGGAAGUGUAUGCUGCAUGGAUGAAGGAGAAUGGAGGAGUGAUCGUCAACAUCAUCGCUGAUAUGUGGAAAGGCUUCCCAGGCAUGGCUCAUACCGGAGCAGCGCGGGCCGCUGUAGAUAACUUAACUAAGACUCUGGCCAUCGAAUGGGCCGUGUCUGGAGUCAGAGUCAACGCCAUAGCACCGGGCACCAUCAUCUCCAGGACAGCUGUUGAGAACUAUAAGGAGUUUGGACCAACACUGUUUAAGAUGUCUAUUCCCUUCAGCCCUGCUAAAAGACUGGGGGUCCCAGAGGAGAUCUCUCCAGCAGUGUGUUUCCUCCUGUCUCCUGCCGCCUCCUACAUCUCUGGAGCCACUCUGAGGGUGGACGCUGGACAGAGUCUUUACCACUCUAUGUGGGAAAUACCAGAUCACAGUGCGUGGCCUGCAGCCCCAGAGGGAGAGAAUCUGGACACUCUGAAAGAGCUGCUAAAACCCAAGGCUAAGCUCUAACUAUCGCUACGGAAACAAGGUCCUCGCUACGGAGACCAACCCAGCACCGCGGAGACCAGCCCAUGGCAACGGACGGACAGGUGUAUGAUUGUAGACAGACAGUAGAUGUUUGGAGAACUGUUUUUGAGAACGCUGAUCAGAAUGCUAUCAAUAUAAAUCAAUAUGAAUUCAUGGAAGUGUUGGUGUCGAUAUAGAGGCUGAACUCUGUAUAUCUGUCAGCUCUCUUCCUAUCAGCCUUACCCUGUGUCACCCUGUGUCACCCUGUGUCACCCUGUGUCAGUGAAUCACCCUGUAUCAGUCUGUAUCUCAUGUACUGUACAUAAUUGUAGAUAAUUAAGAUAUUAUUAACAUGGUAAUAGGCCUAUGUGACAUAAUUCUCCUGAUUAUUGGCUGUUAUUAGUGUUUCAAUAAUGUUGAAUAUGAACCAUCAUGUUGUCACUGUCUUAUAAAGAAACAUAACACCCUUUACAAUAAACACCCUUUACAUUGCA